CUGUUUACACUUAUUACCUUUCCCAGUGUUCUUGGAUAGAAAUGAUGAAGCUGAGGACAGUUAAGUAUCAAUCACAUCAUCGUGCGAGACUGGAGUAAAGCAUAACCCUGGCUAGUCAGGACAUUGCUCUUUUGCCAGCUGAAUUUUAUGUCAACCCAUCAGGUUUGCGAUCAUAACAGAGACAAAGAUGAAAAGGAGCCAGCAAAUAAACAGUUCAAAGAGGACGAUGAUGAAGAAGUAAAACAUAGAGAAUUAAAGUUGCGCAACUAUGUCCCAGAAGACAAAGAAUUGAAGGAACGUCUCGUGCCCAAUGUCAAACCAGCCUCAGUUGAAGAUAAGGUGAAAGACCAGCUUGAAGCAGGGAAGCCUGAACCUGUCAUUGAAGAAGUGGACUUGGUGAACCUUGCCCCCAGGAAGCCUGACUGGGAUCUGAAAAGGGAUGUGGCAAAAAAACUAGAAAAGCUAGAGAAGAGAACACAGAGAGCAAUAGCAGAACUAAUCCGUGAGAAACUAAAAGGCAAUGAAGAUGACCUAGCAUCUGCAGUUGGAGCAGUAAAACAGGAGGAUUAUGACUCUGAGUGACUCCUGGUCCUCUGGUGGACAGUAAUUUUGGGUCAGCCACAAGCUAGUUAACUUCAGGGUAUAGGUACAUGCACGCCAUUUUAUGUCCCCUGUUAACCUUCUCUUUGAAGAGAAAAUGCCAAUGUAUCAGAUCAGGGUUGAAGCACAUUGAAAAGGUGGCCUUCAUUCCACCUUACAGGCAGGACUCUGCUCUCUACUUUGACUUCUGGCUGCUGAUGUAAUGAUCCCAUUGUCUCUGUUGCCACUGUACCAUAUACUGAUCUGCAACGAACUUCCAUCUUCAAUUCAAAUGUCUUGUUAUUAUGCUAAUUUUAAAUUUAAUUAUGGAUGUUUAUUUUUCUAUGAUAUUGAUUGUAAUACAUCUUCGCUAGAUCACCUGUCAUUUCAUUUCCAGGUCAGAGCCCAGGUUUGUUCUUUAAAAAUCAGCCCUUCUGAAAUAAAGGUCAUUGUUUUUACUCA